AUGCUGCGAGCGUCUGUGCUCCUGCUGCGGGGGCGCCGGGCGAGCAGCAGGAGUUCUCUCCCGGCGUGCUCUGGCCGGCGACACUACGGUUCGAGUUGCGUUAGCGGCGGCGACGGUUCUGGGGAUGCGCGCGCCUACUUCACCACCCCUAUUUUCUACGUGAACGCGGCGCCGCACAUCGGGCACCUGUACUCGGCACUCCUGGCGGACGCCCUGUGCCGCCACCGUCGCCUCCGAGUUCCCAGCGCCACCGCCCCGCGACUCUCCACCGGGACCGACGAACACGGCCUCAAGAUUCAGCAGGCGGCAGCCGCGGCAGGCCUGGCCCCCGUCGAGCUGUGCGACCGAGUCUCUGCCCAGUUCCAGCAGCUUUUCCGGGAGGCUGGCGUCUCCUCGACCGACUUCAUCCGCACCACGGAGGCUCGGCACCAGGUGGCUGUGCAGCACUUCUGGGAGGUACUCAGGACCCGGGGGCUGCUCUACAAGGGGCUCUAUGAAGGCUGGUAUUGCGCCUCGGACGAGUGCUUCCUGCCUGAGGCCAAGGUCACCCGACAGCCAGGCCCGACUGGGGAGUCGUGUCCUGUAUCUCUUGAGAGUGGGCAUCCCGUGUCCUGGACCAAGGAAGAAAACUACAUUUUCAGACUUUCCCAGUUCCGGGAGCCACUGCAACAGUGGCUGCGGGACGACCCUCAGACCAUCACUCCUGAGCCAUUCUAUCGCGCGGUCCUUCAGUGGCUGGAGGAGGAGCUGCCAGAUCUGUCUGUGUCCCGCAGGAGCAGCCACUUGCAUUGGGGCAUUCCGGUACCCGGGGACGAUUCGCAGACCAUCUACGUAUGGCUGGAUGCCCUGGUCAACUACCUCACCGUAAUUGGCUACCCAAAUGAGGAGUUCAAAUCUUGGUGGCCAGCUACCUCUCACAUCAUAGGUAAGGACAUUCUCAAGUUCCACGCCAUCUAUUGGCCUGCUCUCCUCUUAGGGGCUGGAUUGAGCCCACCACGCCGCAUCUGCGUCCACUCCCACUGGACGGUGUGUGGCCAGAAGAUGUCCAAAAGCUUGGGCAACGUGGUGGAUCCCAGGACUUGCCUUGAGCAUUACACGGUGGAUGGCUUCCGCUACUUUCUUCUUCGGCAGGGCGUUCCCAACUGGGACUGUGACUAUUACGACGAAAAGGUGGUGAAGUUGCUGGACUCGGAGCUCGCAGAUGCCUUGGGAGGGCUCCUGAAUCGGUGCACGGCACGCAGAAUAAAUCCUUCUGGGACUUACCCAGCCUUCUCUUCUGCCUGCUUCCCCAGUUCCCCAGGCUUGGUGGGGCCUUCCGUCCGGGCCAGAGCAGACGACUACGCUCUGGUGAGCGCAGUGGCCGCUUUGCCCAAGCAGGUCGCCGACCACUUUGAUAAUUUCCAGAUCUAUAAGGCUCUGGAGGCAGUGUCUAUUUGUGUCCGGCAAACUAACGGUUUUGUUCAAAGACAUGCACCCUGGAAGCUGAGCUGGGAGAACCCGGUGGAUGCGCCCUGGCUAGGUACCGUGCUUCAUGUGGCCUUGGAAUGUUUGCGUGUCUUUGGAACUUUGCUCCAGCCUGUCACCCCAAACCUAGCUAACAGGCUGCUGUCCAGGCUGGGGGUGUCUGCCGCAGAGAGAGGCCUUGGAAAGCUCUCUUUUUUGCCUCGAUUUUAUGGACGCCCAUGCCCUUUUGAGGGCAGGAGGCUGGGACCUGAAACUGGGCUUUUGUUUCCAAGACUAGAUCAGUCCCGGGGUUGGCUGGUGAAAGCCCACAGGACCUAGAAACUGUUCUUAAAAGACUUGUUAAAAACCAAAAACAAAUGUGUUCUGUUAUUUUCAGGAAAGUUACGCUAAUGUUUUUAAAAUGUUGCAUCGUAUGAGCCCCCAAAUUGUCCCUGUGAAGAGCUGGCAGCCCUUCCGGUUCCUGAUCUGUGUGUAUUCCUCUGUGCUGGUUAACCACUCUUCAUUGCACACCAGUGUAUCAGAUGGAACUGUCUCUCCUUCCAAACUGUAGUUACUGGCUCUACCUCUCCUGGCUUCUGCCACUCAGGCCGACUGGGAUGUGUAGUGACUCUUUUAUUCAAAGCAGGGUUUGGUGACCACCUCAGCCUUUUCAUAUUCAUCCUUUACAUUUCUACAGCCAGGAGCCCAUGCUUGUUAGGUCAGUCUUAACAGUUGUUUGGUAACAUCACAGUUCGACCAGCAGAUGGCGCUAGUCUCAUUUAAUAUGAAGUUUCAGACUAGAAGGGUGCUCUGUCUUGUGGUUUUUAUGAAUUUUCAUUGUCGUAAAAGAAGAGGUAGCUGCUUACAACCACUGCAAUACAAAAGUUCCUCACUUUCAGACGACUACAAACAAUAUUCACUGUUGAAUGUUCAAGUAAGCUUGUAUGUUGUUUAUGUGAUAAACAAUGAAGUACACGGUAUGUUAAGGAUUUUAGGCUUCAGUAACAUUGUAGAUAUGUAAAUGAUUCAAAAAGGGAAUGUUUUCUUUUUUAAGGCUUAAUUUUUGUCCUUCACAAUUUACCUCAUGUGACUUCUUUUGAUCUGUUAGGAUCAAUGAUGUGGUAUAGAAAUUGUCCAGUAAUUGUCAAACAUGUUAAUAUGUUUAUGUUCAAGUGAUUUUUGCUGAUGAUUCUUUUGUUCCUUAACUUAUUAAAGUCUAAAGGCUUGUAAGUACUUUA